GACCGCGAGGAGCUGUGCGGGCGGAGCCUGGAGUGCAGCAUCCACCUGGAGGUGAUCGUGGAGAGGCCGCUGCAGAUUUUCCACGUGGAUGUGGAGGUAAAGGACAUUAAUGACAACCCGCCGGUUUUUCCAAUGGCAGUAAAAAAAUUGUUUAUUUCCGAAUCCCGGCCGCCUGGUUCUCGGUUUCCGCUAGAGGGCGCAUCAGAUGCAGAUAUAGGAGCGAAUUCGCAAUUAACUUACAGUCUUAACUCCCAUGAAUAUUUUACCUUGGAUGUUAAAAGAAAUGAUGAGGAAAUUAAAUCCCUUGGACUCGUGUUGAAAAAACCUUUAAAUCGAGAGGACACUCCUGAGCAUCACUUACUAAUAAUGGCAGUUGAUAGUGGCAAACCAGAGCUCACUGGCACUACUCAACUAAAGAUCACUAUUUUAGAUGUAAACGACAACCCCCCAGAAUUUGAGAGGACGGUCUACAAAGUCAGAUUAUUCGAAAAUGCACCAAAUGGUACCCUAGCAGUGGUUGUUAACGCCUCUGAUUUGGAUGAAGGAGUAAAUAAGGAUAUUGUAUAUUCUUUCAAUACAGACACCUCAGCAGAUACUCUGUCUAAAUUCCACUUAGACCCAGUUAAUGGAUACAUCACUGUAAAGGGUAACAUAGAUUUCGAGGAAACUAAGUUGUAUGAAAUCCAGGUAGAAGCGACAGAUAAAGGAACUCCUCCAAUGGCAGGCCACUGCACUGUUUUAGUAGAAAUUUUGGACACCAAUGAUAAUAUACCCGAGUUGGUUAUCAAAUCACUAUCGUUACCUGUAUUAGAAGACGCUCCAGUUGGCACGGUCAUCGCCUUGAUUAGCGUGUCAGACCGCGACUCCGGUGCCAACGGACAGGUGACCUGCACCCUGACGUCCCAUGCCCCAUUUAAGCUGGUGUCCACUUUUAGAAAUUACUAUUCGCUGGUGCUGGACAGCGCCCUGGACCGCGAGAGCAUGGUGAACUAUGAGCUGGUGGUGACCGCGCGGGACGGGGGCUCACCUUCACUAUCGGCCACCGCCAGCGUGUCUGUGGAGGUGGCCGAUGUGAACGACAACGCGCCGGCGUUCGCGCAGCCCGAGUACACAGUGUUCGUGAAGGAGAACAACCCGCCCGGCUGCCACAUCUUCACGGU